AUGCAAAGAAUGUGGGCGACGAUCAUGUUAGCUUUGAUAAUGAUUCUAUCAAUAUCUAUACAAACAAAUGGAAAUGAGAAAAGAAAUGAUCUUGCACAUGCUCCAUCUACGGCAUUAGCAUUAGCACCUCAAUCAGAGGAUGGAUUAUUACCUAAUCCUUUAGCUUGUGUAGGUGACGUAAAAACAAUUCCAAAUUGUGUAAAAGCAAUAACGCACUUCAGAUUCAGAGAGGUCACAAAGAAGUGUUGCACCAUCGUAGUCAGUCUUCCCGAAGAUUGUUUUGGGAUUGUGUUCCAUAUUCCUUUCUUCUUUCGUUGGGUCCUUAAGAUUAUCUGCAAAAUAAUUAGUCACACUUGA